GUCAAACUAAACCCCGCCCCCUUUCUCUAAACUGUGUACGGUGCAAUUGACACUUACCCACUACCACCAACUAAAGACUGAGCAAAAGUGUACUGUUUUGUAGGGAGGAAGUGAAAUAAAACACCCGGGAGUUGAACGUUCAAGUCCCCGAGGAUGCCGCCCUUGUCGAGCGCAAGCGGAACAUGACGUUGCGGAGGAUGGGUAGCGCUGGAGUUCGCGCAACUUGUUGCGCGGUGUCGUAAAAUCUCUCACAGUUGAUGCCGAGGCGGCGCGACGCUACCGAGCCGAUGGAGUACAGCGAGAGAGUGCUGUGCGGGACAGGGGAACUGGAGCUGGAUCCCAACAUUGUCAGCGAGGAGGCCGGAAAGCUGUAUUCCGAACUACAGACGGUUAUCGAGACCCAUGGCGAGGGUGUGGUGGAGUCCCUGGUACCGAUAUUUGUGUGGGUACUGGAGGGGCUGGCCAGCUGCAAAGCCCAGCUGAGAGAACGGGAGGACGAGGCCGAGCGGGAGAGGGCAGAGCGACAGGACCUACUGGAGCGCUACCAGGCCGAGAAGGCUCAGAGGAAAGAAAGUCAAGAGAGGUAUUUGGAGCUGGAUGACCAAAUAGAGCAGGAAAGGCGAGCCAUGCGAGGGAGAGAAAAGGAGCGGGAAAGUCGAGAGAGACGCCUCGAAAAGAAAGCCAGGGAGCAAGCGGACCAGUUGGUUGCCUUGGAGGAGCAGAAGUCGGCCCUGGGGAGAGACCUCAGCACGCUCAGGCUCACACACAAUAAAUUGGCUCACUCAUAUCGGGAACUGCUGGAAAAGAGGAAAGAGUCUGAAAGAGAUUCACCCCACAGGAAUCACACACAUCCCAAAAAUGCUGAAUUCCCGUCCAACCAAAUCUUAUCAGACUCCAACACUCGGAGCCCACACUCCAACUCUGGUACUUUGUGUUUGGAAGACACAGAAGCCAAAGAAGAGAAGAUGGUUGAUAUCAUUAAGUCCGCCUCGGAUCAGUUUGUUAAUGACAUCAUAACCUCCACUCCUGAGCUGAGACACUUUCACAGCUCCUUGGGCGAUGCGAGGUCUUCGUCAAGAGCCACCACGGAGACCAGCUUGGAGGAUGAGCUCAAGGAGGGCAGGGUGGAAGAAGAAACACAAGGAGAGAACGCAGAGAACUCCAGGGAGGAGGAAGAGGAAGAUCUGGACGAAGACAGCGUGGAGUGGGAACUUCGCAACACAGACUCUGUUUUUUCGGAGCUGUCGGAGCUAAGUCAGGAUUUGGUUGAGAGUGUUGACCAAGGGGCCAGCAUCAGAGAAAGUGCUGACCAGUUUGAGGAGAUUCUUUCCCAGUAUGAAGAAUUGAAACACACCCACGAGAUGGUGGACACGGCCCGUAAGGCUCUGAUCUCGCGGGUGGUUGAGCUGACGGACGACCGCUCCGCUCUCAAACUGGAAAGGGCAUCUCUGCAGGAAACGGUGGUGCGAGUCGAAGGCCGCUUGAAGGAGAAAGAGGAGGAAAUUAAAAGACUUCACGAAAAACUGGAGAAAUUUCAGUCGUUGGAUCCUGAUGCCUCAUCGGCCGCAUCCAUGCGGCACUUCUCUCGCUCGGAAAUGGCUCGUGUGGUCAUGGAAAAGAACCAGUACAAACAGCGACUGUUUGAACUGCAGGAGGCAAUGAGGCAAAGCCAGACACUCAGGGCAACAAAAGAAGAAAGGCUCUCAGAGGAGAGAAGGUCAAGUGUUUGGGCAAAGUUCAAUCGCUUUUUUGGCCUGAGCAAACAGCCCCUGAUUCUACCUCGUGCAACCUUCUCGUCAGUCACUCAGCCUCUUCUGCCGCCGCCUCAACAGCGACAGCAAGUCGCUCAAAGUCAGGCCGAAUUAUCCGCCGCUGCGGUGCCAUCACCUCGCGCCAGGAGACGGGAACUUUACAGAGAAAUUCGCUCGCACAUUUGGGGAACGCUGGGCAAACGGCAGCUGCAUGGCUGGAGUGUGCCUCUGGCUAACACUCAGGAAUCUCAGGAACCGGUCCAGGAGCCCAAAGACAUGCCGGUCCUGACGCAACUCCGACUCCUGGACCAAAGAGAUUGCACUGCAAAGCUGAACUGCGCGGUUGCCGUCCCACCUGAGAUCUCAGGAGAGGCGACGUGUUCCGUGUGGGUAGUUUCUGGGCCCGCCUCCAACAGUGGCAUCACAGUGAUUGACCCUGCCCGAUCCAACGCUGUCCUGGAUCAGUUCAGCCUCCCCCCCACAGCUCCCGCCCUCUGCAUCUGUGCCGUGCCCCCCGUCGGGGACUCUCCAGGAACUGUGUGGAUUGGAACGCAGGAAGGAAGUAUAGUGAUACAUCCGGCCUCUGUAGACAGGGGGCGCUGUCUGCACUCAGUUUCCCUCUCUGAAAGCGUUCAUUCACUCAAAUACUCCCAAGGUCAAGUCAUAGCUGGCUUAGGUGACGGAACUUUGGCUUUCUUUUCCAGUAGUUCAGGUGGUUGGAACCUGCAGUCACAUUCAUCGAUGCCACUGGGGUCCAACCCCGUGCAGCCCAUUCGCUGCUGCCUUGCCAAAGGGGGGCGCUUGUGGGUUGGAUAUUGGAAUAGAGUCCACAUGGUCGACAUGAACAAGAGGAAGGUGGAGCAUGUUUUCCCCGUCUCGGAGCGCAGCGAGCAGCAGGUUCGCUUCCUGUGUGCCGGAGGAAACGGCGUUUGGACCUCUUGCAGACUAGACUCUGUCCUCAGGCUCUUUGAGUGGUCGACCGGGCAGCCGCUGCAGGAAGUGGAUUUUGCUGCUUUGGUUACCAAAUCAUUGGGCCCAGCUUUCCUCAACCUCUCGCCUCUUCAGAUAUCCUCUCUGGCUGUCAUCUCCGGCCGCCUGUGGGUCGGCACGGCGGGCGGCGCAAUCUUCACCGUCCCUUUGUCCAUAACGUCCAAAGGCGUUUCCAUCCCAUACUCCUCUGUUGCGGCGGCCCAGCUGUGUUACCACGGACACCGACAAGCUGUCCGCUUCAUCAUUGGCGCAUCAGGUUGCUUGAUGUCGAGCACCGGCAACAACAUGGCAAGCGCUCAGCUUAUCCUCAGCGGAGGCGAGGGCUACAUCAACUUCCGGAUCGGAGACGACGAGAGCGACGGCUCAGUGGAGUUGUCCCAAGCGACGCCACAACGAUCUGAACGGAGUCACAUGAUCAUUUGGCAGAAUUGCAGCACGCCAGUGCCCAACUCUGCCCUCUGACAUGUCCUGGAAGUCACAGAUUUUGUCAAAUCUUUUCCACUACGUUAAUCCCCAAAAAUUGCCACGUGGUGCCUUUGCCGCUGCCGUCUUUUUAUGCAAAUGUGUCUCUGUUCUGUUCUUUGUUCUUCUGCCUGUUACCACCUGAGAGUAAUGCUUUCAAUUUCGCUCAGAUAAUCUCAAAUGCACACAUAUGCUAGUUUGUUGCAUUCUAAGUUUGUGUUCCAAACGUUUUGCUUAUGAAUGAGACAUUGUGAUGGUAAGAUUUUUUUCCAUCAUCUUGUGUGUACUGUAUAUAUUUUCUUGUUUACUACAAAUGAGCCAGAGCAUCAUGCGUCCUUUUUCUUUUAAUUUGGGGCUUAAAGUUCAUUGUUCAUGAGGUAUACUCUACUUACAUAUACCUCCACAUUUAAAAUUGACCUCUAUGAAAUAUAAGAUCCUAUGUAUUUAUUGCUGUAAUCAUGUUUUUCUUUGAAUCAUUUGAUUGUUUUACUGUUUUAAUAUCUUCUCCAAAGCUACGGGGUGUCAUUUUAUGCAGUAUUUAAAUGCAAUUGUGCACAUGGAACAAAUGAAUUGUAAUCUUGUACAUUAAAAAAGUGAUUUAUUUCAUA